AUGAGAGUUCGUUACUUUGGCCCCAACUCCGACCACACACUCCUUUUGAUGGGCGAGAUGGGAGCGAAGAAGAUUCGAGUUGUCAAUCAGUAUAGCCAUCUGGGCUGUUUGGUUCACCAUCGACCUGACAACAGACGAGAGGCAAGAAGACGUGUUGGUAUCGCACAACAGGCCUUCAACCAACACAGACGCCUUUUGUUUUCGAACCCAGCAUUGAGUAUGAGGCGACGAACGGAACUUUUCAGUACGCUCAUCCUGAGUAAGUUCAGCUUUGGCACGGAGUCAUGGAUUUUGUCGGAGCGACAGACCAAGACCUAUGUCCACAAUGCCUUGAUGCGUCUCUUUCGAAGACUCAUGCCAGGGUCCUACAAUCAACACCUCCAGGAUGAAGACAUUCUCACAGAGACAGGGCUCAAUAGUCCCACAGAAGUGCUGCGCAUGGCGAGAUUGCGUUACAUUGGGACUCUUUAUCGAUGCCAAGAUCUUGUACCUUGGGGGCUUCUCAAUGCUGACGAGGCUUGGACGACGUUGAUCCAAGAUGAUUUAUCGUGGAUGUGGUCGCAACUCCGCGAGACAUGUCGGCUCCCUGAUCCGUUGUUAGAUCUAGCUCCAUGGACCUCGAUUUGGCAACAUCAUACAUCCUACUGGAAACGGCUUGUGAGAAGAGCGGGUUUACAUGCUUGUUUUCAGCGGCGCAAUCAACAAAGGGUCUUGGGCUUUCAUCGACGUUUCAUUUGUCUUUUCAGAGAGCACCCAGCCACGCAGGAAGUCUUUGAGGACAUUGGAGCCACACCAGCAUGGGAGAAGGGAGAGGAAGAUUUUCCACAAGCAUGCAUGUGUUGUAGGAUGGUUUUCAAGAGCAAGGCUGGAUUAGGCGCUCACAUGUUCAAGGUGCACCACUUAGUUGCGAAAGUCAGACUCCUUUGUGAUCAGACGCAAUGCAGUUCAUGCCUUCGUGAAUAUCACACCAUGGCGAAGCUCAAGGCGCAUCUACAACGGGCGGGACAUUGUCGCCAUCGCCUAUGGGGGAGACGCAGAUAUUUUAUUCCUGCACAGGGCAGUGGGUCGAACGUGGACUUCCAAUUGCACCAGCAGCAAGAUGUCCUUCCACCUCUCCAAGCAGCAGGGCCUCAACUCCCUGAUGGCCGCCUUGAAGACAUCCCUGACUAUGACCUUGACCUUGCGGAGAAGAUCUAUUUGGCGCUACUCGAGCGUGAGGAGCGGUCUGAUGUCACAGAAAUUAUCAAGGAGGUUGUCUACGCGUAUCCUGUCACAUGGCAGACGUGUCGGGCCUCCCUGCACUACUUGAUUGGCGAGCUCACCAUUGAGGACAUUCAGGCGCUUGCGAUCAUGCACAAGGACAUCAAGACCGUGCUGCGAGAGCUCUUGACGUCUGAUAAAUGGGAUUUCCUCCACGACUCCUGCGCGCACAGCCGUGCGGCAGAGCGCCCCAUUGGUCAGGAAGUGAUUGAUCAGGCCUGCAAUGAGGCGGCUGAGUCGGGCUCAGUGCGAGCUCCUUUUUGGCCAGCACCGCGACCGAUGUUGCGUGAGCGAUACAUCAUUCAUGCGUUUUCGGGAAGGCGCCGCCCGGGAGAUUUCCAAUACUUCCUUGACCAGAUGCAGUCCCAGCAUGAUGCGACGACCAUUCAUACCAUAUCGGUUGAUCUCAUGACGGACCCCGUUUGGGGAGAUAUUGCUCAACCCACUGUGCGCUCCUUCUGGCUCACGGCGGUGCGCGAUCGCUUCGUCAUUGGGGCCUUAGCAGGCCCUCCCUGCGAGACUUGGUCGCAGGCGAGGGGCAAGUGUGUGCCUGCCCCAGCUGAUCGACCUCAACGAGCUGCACCGCGUGUUCUACGAGACCUUUUGACCUUGUGGGGACGGGCGGCUCUGGCGAUCAAAGAGCUCCAGCAGCUUGACACCGGCAAUUUGCUUCUGUUGUUCACUGUGGAGCUCCUGAUCAUGCUGGCAUAUGCAGGGGGCAUUGGUUGCUUGGAACAUCCUGCCCCACCAGAAGAUCCCACGAAAGCGUCAAUUUGGCGUUUACCCAUCAUCAUUUACCUCAUGACAUGGCCGGAAUUUGCCUUUUUGACCCUCUCGCAAGGGCUGUGGGGGGCUCCGAGCAUGAAACCUACUGGCCUGCUGUUGCUGAAUGCGCCUGAGAUGCUGAGGGAGCUGCGCUCUUGGCAAAUAGCCAAGGAUGUUAGCAGUGAAUUUCAGGGACAUGCCCGACGCAUGACCGUGCGCGAGUUUGGGCACUGUGCAGUCGAUCCCUCGGGGCUCUAA